UUGCAUUGCUUCCUUGCCUGCCUUCAACCUUUAGCAGACAUAGCUAUGGCUACUGAAAUGGUGAUGGUUGAUGAGAUACUUUUCCCCUCCCAAAUCACAACCACCAAGCCACUCUCACUUUUUGGUCAUGGGAUUACCGAUAUUGAGAUUCACUUUCUGCAAAUCAAGUGCACAUCGAUCAGAGUUUACGUUGAACCUGAAGUUGUUAAACACUUGCAACAAUGGAAGGGUAAGUCUGGAAACGUGCUAGCAGAAGAUGACUUCUUUGAGGCUCUUAUUAAUGCUCCGGUGGAGAAAUUUCUGAGAGUUGUGAUGAUCAAGGAAAUCAAAGGAUCCCAAUAUGGAGUGCAGCUAGAGAGUGCCGUGAGGGACCGAUUGGCGGCUGACGACAAAUAUGAAGAGGACGAAGAAGAUGCCUUAGAGAAAGUUGUCGAAUUCUUCCAUACUAAGUACUUCAAGAAGGAUUCAAUCAUCACAUACCAUUUUCUAGUAAAUUCAGCCACUGCAAAAAUAAAGUGUAACCCACAAGUCUACUCCUCUCGUCGCAAGAUCCACAAGUCCCAUUUCAUGGCUCCCUCAUCUGUCCACCGCGUUUUGAUAAGCUCACCACUUUCAUCCGUUCCGAGAUCCGACUCCAAAACAGGGUCACUGCUACUCUCGUUCCUCACAGGUGACUUGGGACCUGUGAGGCAUUUGAGCAUUAGCCAAGAGGCGAGUUCUAUCGGCCAUGUUAAUGUUGCUUCAAUGAUUAAUGCUAAUGGAGAUUGGGAUUGGGAUCGAAUUAGAGCAACCUUCCCACCUUCAGUUUUUCCUUACUUCUCGGCAGGUCGAUCAGUGAUGCAGACAUUCCGGGUUGGAGGUGGGAUAGCCAACGCUGUUUUACUGUCAAAAGCGCAUAUUCUCGACGCUCUUUAG